AGAUGCCUUCUUUCCUUCUUUCAUUUUCAUUUUCAAUUGUCAAAUAUGUCUUGAACGAGUGUGGUGUUAUGUUGAAAUAUUGCGACAGAUGUAUUAAUUCUUGGCGAUUUUUCUAGUGCUCUUGUGUUUUUUACUAACAACAAAGGGUAAUGGUUUCGUCUCAAGCAAUCGUUUGUGUUUAUAGUGGUAAUUUUGUGUCGUACUUCGACGGCUAAGUUUGACAUUUGUUUCCACGUGGUGAAGUGACCGUCAGAAUUCAGUCGACGUGGUAAAAUCUUUAGCUAUUUAGAAUUUUUGACCGCAUUCUACAGAGAAAUGGAGUCCUUGAACAUCUCAAAACUAAACUUGUCCAGCGUUAGAGGGACUACUUCCCAGGAAAACGGGGCAAGGGCCGAACAAUACGAAGUAAAACUGGAAUCAAAUACGUUGACUGACCCUGAUGAUGAAUUCCACUGCGAGUAUAGAGAAGAAAUAUGGCAAAACCUGCUGGAACAGGAAGCCGAAAAGCCCACAAUCCACUUACAAUCACCUCAGCUGGAGUUCCGUGGUACACUGGUUCAACAACUCCGUGAUGUCACCAAGAAGCUCGGGCUAAGCAUUGCCACACUACACUCGGCCGUAGCACAACUAGACUUGUUCAUGGACGCCCACAGACUCAGAGCGGACCGAUUGACUCAUGUCGCACUUGCUUGCCUUAGUCUAGCAGCAAAAAGCGAAGAGAAAUCCAGCCGGGCUCCCACUCUGAAGACAUUGGCUAAGAUAAGCGGUGUCCAACUGUGCGGUAAAACAUUCCGACAGCUGGAAUGGAUGGUUGGUCAACAUGCCCGAUGGAGGCUCCUAGCACCAACUCCAGUCUCCUUCGCAGCUCUUCUGGCUCAGUAUGUAGUUACGGACGCUGAUCUUACGACCAGACACCCAAAGUUUGUGAGACGGUUCAAGAGAGAUGGUGCAAAACUACUGGAGUCUUACUUGGAUCUGACAUUGUCUGACGUGCGUCUCAAGGUAGUGGAAGCCGUAGACGUAGGCUGUGCUUGCGUCGCCUGUGCUCGAGCAGACUUGGGACUAUGCGCUUGGCCUGUGUGGCUGGCGACUACUGCAGGCCGUAAGCCCGCCAGCGUGGCGCCCUUAGCAAGACUGUUGCAGAGGAUGAUGCAAAUACUGAAGUCGCGCGAAACCAACGUGGACUCUGAAGCCGAUCAGGGUUACAGCAGUGCCAGGACUUCGCCAAACCUCACCCCGUGUGCAUCCCCAAGGUACCAGAUAUCCCCAGCUUCCAGCACUUGCAGCACUUCCUCCAGGUCUUACAACUACGAAUGUCGUCAACGUCCCGUGGAAACCCGCCAAGAAAACACUUACUCUGUCCUCGAUUUGAACGAUGCUACCAAUCUUCAAACCAAUGUGAACGUCGAACAGUACUACCAGCUGCCUACGGCUGUCGAUAUGAGGUGUCAAAGGGUCAACAACCCCGCAGACUUCAGGUUUUGCAGGUCCCGGAGGUUACUGGAAGCCAGCUUAGAAGCCGGCCAACCAUCCACAAGUAUGGCUGUGAAACGUGGCCUGGACACGAACGUAGAAUUAGAUAACAAAAGGUAUCGCUUGGCCACCCAAAUGUCCCAAGUGGUUCUAUGAUUGCGUCUAGUCUCUGUAUGCAUGUUCACGAAUAAGCGAAGACUGCCUUUAUUUAAUUUUGAGCCGCUUGUGGGGGCGUUGUGACAUUUGUUAAAUGUUAAUGGUUCAUUUAACGGUUUUUUAGCAUAAUUUGUAGGAAUGAAUUUUUUUUUUUCGUGAACAUGCAGGCUCUUAUGCAAAUACUUUUUUUGACUGUUGUCUUUGUACGCUGAAAUUGAGGGCGCAAUCACUUUCCUCUCGAAUCUAAUGAGUAUGGUUUAUAAUUACUGAUUUUUUUUCUAGUUAAUUCAACAACGAAACCUUGCACUGAAACCUUAAAAUAUCAUAAAUUCGAAUAGAUCUUUCAGUGUGAAAUGUCCCUAAUGAGCUCUCGUGUACGCUAGUACGUACUCCUAAUGUGAUUGCGCCUUUAUUGGACCAGG